AUGGGAAUGAGACUUAAAAAACUUACAUAAACCCUUGAAAGCAAACCUCCACAAUAGUACAAUUUCCCUAGAGGAGCUGAUCAAUUCGAAUAUUCGCCAGAUAGAUCAUAUAGUUCCUUAUAAGUAGAUGUGUACGAUCUCAACAGUCAAUUAAGACGCAUUCAUCGUAGAGUGCUAUCUUAAGUUGUAAUUCAAAAAGGGAAAUCAAAAGAAAAUAAAUUGAGCACUCUAUCUCCUCUGAAAGUAGAUUAGUUGGCAGUCACAAAAGCAAAACUUAAUUCAUAAAGAUUCUUUCUGAUGAAUUAAGUACGUAACAUUAAACCAAAGUAAAACAAAUUGUAGUCUUCGUUAGAGAAUGCAUACGGAUACGAUUGA